CCCCACAUGGAUGGACCUCAUCCUUCAGUUUUUGCAGAACCAGACACUAUCUGCUGAUCCUGCUGAAGCACGGCGUGUUCGCUAUCGCUCUGCUCGAUACCUAAUCAUCAAUAGCGCUCUAUACAAGCGUGGCUUCAGCCUCCCCUACCUUCGGUGCCUGACCCAAGAGGAAGGUCACUAUGUCCUCCGGGAAAUCCAUGAAUGCAUCUGUGGCAAUCAUUCAGGCACUCGGUCACUAGCACAUAAAACCAUUAGGCAAGGAUACUUCUGGCUCUCACUUCACACUGAUGCCCAGACCUUCACCCAGAAGUGCGAUAAGUGUCAGCAAUUUGCCAACAUACCACAACUUCCAGCUGAGCCAUUGACAGCCAUGGUUAGCCCUUGGCCACUUGCCCAAUGGGGACUUGACCUCAUUGGACCUAUGCCUGAGGGCAAAGGCCAAGUCAAGUAUGCAGUUGUAGCUGUGGACUACUUCACCAAGUGGGAUGAGGCCGAAGCCUUAGCCACCAUCACUUCAGCCUACAUUGAAACUUUUGUUUGGCAAAAUAUCGUAUGUCGCUUCGGCAUCCCCAACACCAUUGUCACAGACAAUGGUCGGCAAUUUGACAAUGCAAAGUUCAAACAAUUUUGUUCCAACCUCAAGAUAAAGCUUUGCUUCGCCUCCCCAGCCCAUCCUCAGUCCAAUGGCCAAGUCGAAGCCGUGAACAAGAUCAUCAAGAAAACUCUAAAGACCAAGCUUGACAAAACUAAGGGUUGCUGGCUAGAGCUACUCCCAAAGCCCACAUAUCGAACCUCCACUUAUGAGGCCGAAGCCAAUAUCGAGCAGUUAGCCCUGAACCUCGACUUCAUUGAUGAGCUUCGUGACCAAUCCAACAUGCGCAAUGUCACGUACAAACAGUGCAUCGCUAAGUACUAUGACUCCCGGGUCAAACUCCGUGCUUUCAAGAUUAGGGACUGGAUUAUGCGCAAGGUUUCCUUGGCCACCAAGAGUCCUACUAAAGGUACCUUGGGCCCAACAUGGGAAGGUCCUUAUGAGGUUACUAAAGUCUGCCGCCCCGACACUUAUCAGCUUCGUGAUCCCAAGGGCAAGACCUUGCCUCAUUCUUGGAAUGCUGAUCACCUCAAGUACUACUAUAAGUAA